AAGGAAAUCUUCGUGGAAUAUUUUUCAUUCCCAAACCGAAGUUUGAGAAGCAUUACAAUGCUUUUGAGGAGUUUACUGUUACUGAUAUCUCUCAGCAACGUAUUCACUGCAGAAUCAUGGAGGAAGCCUGGGUGUCAUCGAAUCGGUCAUACCAGAAAUAUAAGCAUACCGGAUUGCGUAGAAUUCAAAAUAACUACAAACGCUUGUCGCGGCUUCUGCGAAUCCUGGUCACUUCCUAGCAUCAUGUUAGGCUUCAAGCGUCAUCCCGUUACAUCACUGGGCCAAUGCUGCAAUAUAAUGGAAUCCGAAGACGUACCAGUCAAGGUGUUAUGCUUAGAUGGAGAAAGAAACUUGAUAUUUAAAUCAGCGGUUACGUGCGCAUGUUAUCAUUGUCAAAAAGAAUAAAAAUGUACUAUUUAUAGAAAAUUAGAUGUAGAUAUUACUUUAAUAUACUACUUACAAACAGUUCUGACAAUUUAUCGUACCUAAAGGAUUUAUGUAUUGUGAUCUAUGAAAUGUAAAAUAAUAUUAACUUAUCAUUAAUGUAACUUGCAACAUGUUUUAAUAACUACGAUUAAACAUAUCGAACUAUA